UCUCUGACUCCAGUCCGGGCGUUAUUGCAUUCGUAACACUCACCACGAAAAGUAUUCCUUCUUCUCCAUUUUUUUUUUACUAUUUUUCCCUUUCACUAGUUUUUGCUUUUCGCAUAGCGGAAGGGUUCAACCUUCGCACACUCUCGCUGAGUCCGUGGGCAUCGCAUUAUUAUCGUCGCAUACUCCGGGCUUUUCCACGAAUUGUGAUAUUGUUGAAUAGAAGUGUCACCGAUUUUUGGAAUUUGUUUGAAGUGAAGUUUCGUGAGGAGGAAAAUUCGAGUGUGUGGACAGCGGUUGUGGUUCGAAUGUUGGGGGGAUUCGGAUUAAACAUGGACAUGACUGGAGGCAUGAGGCCCUUCUUCACUGGCUAUCCUUUCCAAGGUCAAGGUCGGAGAAACCAAUUGGGCGGACAUUUUAUAAAUGGACGACCCCUUCCCAAUCACAUCAGAAAGCAAAUUGUGGAGAUGGCACACGCGGGUAUUCGCCCCUGCAAGAUAUCGAGGGAUCUCAAAGUAUCUCACGGCUGUGUAUCAAAAAUUUUAAAUAGAUUUGAGGAAACUGGGUCGAUUAAGCCUGGAGUCAUUGGGGGGAGUAAGCCCAGAGUCGCAUCAGCGGAAGUUGAAGCUAGGAUUAUGCAACUGAGGCGGGAUAACCCGGAAAUGUAUCCGUAUGAAAUCCGACAACGACUUAUUAAGGAGGGUUACGAGGAAGCGCCAAGUGUCACCUGUAUAACUCGACUGUUACGAUGUACCAGUAGAUCAAUGGACGAUAGCAAAAAGGAUUACACUAUCAACGGAAUCCUUGGAGCUGGUCAUAAUGUGAAGAGUAUGGACGAGUCAGAUACCGAGAGUGAACCCAGCAUAACGCUGAGAAGAAAACAGCGAAGAAGUAGAACAACAUUCACCGGAACCCAACUAGAACAGUUGGAGGCUUCGUUCCAAAGGGCCCAUUAUCCUGAUGUUUAUGCGAGGGAAGAGUUGGCUCAGCGAACAGGAUUAACAGAAGCCAGAAUACAGGUGUGGUUCAGCAACAGACGUGCACGAAUGCGUAAACACACAGGUAGCAUUGGCCACUCGAUGCAGAAUUUUUCAUCGAGUCCAGCCCCCUGCCAAUAUGGAAUGGCAGAACUGAGUCAAUUGAUGCCUCAGGUACCCAGUGGCAUACCCCAGGUACCAACGAGUCUCCACCAAGCCUCAGGUGGUACUAUUCAUCAUUCACCAGCUAGUGUUGUUCAUCAGGUGGCAGCUACUAUAGUCAGCCAGGUGUUGCCAACCACCACCACGACUAUGAGUGGAGUUCACAGUUCAGUUCCCAUUCCUGGAUCACUCGGUGGUCUUUCUACUCCUCAGAUUGGUCAACCUGGUCCUUUGCAACCUGCUACAGGGCUUUCAGCACCGACUACUUUAUCACAUAAUGUUGGCAAUAAUGACUGGACGAGGGCAUCACAACUCGGAUGGGGUAAUUUCAAUCACUUUCAAGGCAGCGAAUACUCAUCGAGUCAUCCGAGUCAUCCGAGUCAUCACAAUCCCACACACACGAUUGGUCCCCAGGGGGUACAAAAUUCAGUUAGCAGCAGUGAAUGGGGAUACGAUCAAGGCUACGAUUACAGUCAUCAGCAUUCACAGCUUAAUUAUCACCGGAACGUGGGGGGAAUAUUUUAGUCAGUUUAUUUAAAAAUUUGUGUACAUUGAAGUAGGAUUAAGAUAAUUGCUUUAAUAAAUCGUACGAGUAAAUAAAUUCAUCAUAAUUUGUUUGUGUAUCUCAUUUGUCUUAUCUGUUUAGCCCAUCAUUUGCAUGAAUUGAGGAAAAAAUAUGACGGCGAAUUUGUUGAGAUACGAUAAUUUUUUGUUAUUUACUGAUAACACUUAUCAGUCCGAAUGGAUCUG